UCGGCUCCUUGCAGCAGCAGCAGCAGCAAUUCCCGGGGAAGCGUCGCUUUGCGGCAGAGAGGCGCGCGCGCGGCUGAUGCAACUGGCUUGCAAAGGAGGGAGCAGCAGCAGCAUCACCCUCGGAGGCCGGGACCCUUUGGAGCCAUGUCUGCCGUGAUCAUCGAGAAGGCGGCCGGGCUGGGCCUGAGUGAGGUCUAUGUCUCUGAUCGGGAAGGAAAUGAUGCUGCAGGAGAUGGAACGCAGGAAAAACCUUUCAAAACUGCUUUGCGGGCUUUGCUAUCUGUAGGAAAGGAACCCUUUCCUACCAUCUACGUGGACUCACAGAAAGAUGACCAGAGAUGGGAAACUAUUUCCAAGACACAGUUCAAGAAUGUCAAAAAAUUGUGGCAGAGAGAAAAACAGAAAAACGAAGCCAGAGAAAAGAAAGAGGCAGAAGACCUAUUGCGACGUGAGAAGAACUUGGAGGAGGCAAAGAAGAUCACCAUCAAGGAAGAUCCCAGCCUUCCAGAACCCAAAUGUGUGAAAAUCCGUGCCCUAGAGGCCUACAGAGGGGAGAGAGUAAAGGUUUUUGGCUGGGUCCAUAGAUUACGCAGACAAGGGAAAAACUUGAUGUUCAUUGUGUUAAGGGAUGGCACCGGCUAUCUACAGUGUGUCUUGUCUGAUGAACUGUGCCAGUGUUACAACGGAGUCAUUCUCUCAACAGAGAGCACUGUUGCCGUCUAUGGAACCCUUAACCUAGUCCCGGAAGGUAAACAGGCUCCGGGAGGCCAUGAGCUGAGCUGUGACUUCUGGGAACUCAUUGGCCUGGCUCCAGCUGGAGGCGCUGAUAACCUGGUCAAUGAGGAGUCAGACGUUGAUGUGCAGCUGAACAACCGUCACAUGAUGAUUCGGGGGGAGACCCUGAGCCGGAUCUUCAAGGUGCGCUCUACAGUCAUCCAGAGCUUCAGGGAUCACUUCUUUGACCGAGGCUACUAUGAGAUCACUCCACCAACACUGGUUCAAACACAGGUAGAAGGGGGCUCUACUCUCUUCAAAAUGGAUUACUUUGGCGAAGAAGCCUAUUUGACGCAGUCAUCGCAGCUGUAUCUAGAGACCUGCAUCCCAGCCCUGGGAGACACGUUUUGCAUUGCGCAGUCCUACAGAGCUGAACAGUCUCGGACACGCAGGCAUCUAGCUGAAUACACCCACAUUGAAGCGGAAUGCCCUUUCAUGAGCUUUGAAGACUUGCUGAACCGCUUGGAGGAUCUAGUUUGUGAUGUUGUCGACCGAGUCUUGAAAUCUCCUGUGUCUGAGUUAUUGUAUGCCCUCAAUCCAAACUUUGAGCCCCCGAAACGUCCCUUCAGGCGCAUGAAUUACACAGACGCCCUUGUGUGGCUCAAGGAGCAUGAUGUGAAGAAGGAAGAUGGCACUUACUAUGAAUUUGGAGACGAUAUUCCAGAGGCUCCCGAGAGACAAAUGACGGAUGCCAUUAAUGAACCGAUCUUGCUGUGUCGAUUUCCCGCUGAGAUAAAGUCCUUCUACAUGCAGCGCUGCCCUGAGGAUUCCCGCCUUACCGAAUCUGUUGAUGUGCUGAUGCCCAACGUUGGAGAGAUUGUGGGAGGCUCAAUGCGUAUUUGGGACAGUGAAGAGCUGCUGGAAGGCUACAAGAGGGAAGGCAUUGACCCCACACCUUAUUACUGGUACACAGACCAGCGUAAAUACGGCACUUGCCCUCAUGGCGGCUAUGGCUUAGGCUUGGAAAGAUUCCUCACCUGGAUCCUGAACAGGCACCACAUUCGAGAUGUGUGUCUUUACCCACGCUUUGUCCAGCGCUGCAAACCCUAAUGGAAACCAGUCUGAUGUUCGCCAGAGCCCUCCGAAGAUUCUGUUUUGUCAUCCUGUGAAAAUGAAUAUUCUGCAUUCUAUUUUGUGAAAUGAAAAUAUAAUCACUUUUAAUUUAAAUGGAAGUCAGUUGAUUUUAGGAUAUCCUUUCUUUCCAUCAUCCAUUCUGUCGGUAUAUUUGAAUGUCCCGAUUGCUAGUUGUUCUUAUUCUUUUUAAGCAGCAUGCAUUACUUAGGUGUCACAUAUUUUGCAAAAUAUAGUUCUUACAGGCUUUUGAGAAAAUCCCAUAAAAUUAUUUUUUAUUAUUUUCAGAUGGCACUAGACUUCUGAUCAAAAGUCAACCACUACUUUAAAAGAAUUGCAGUUUUCCAAAAUGUAAAAUUGUGUCUUAUAUGCCAGAUGCAAUGCAUUAGAAGACUACUAAUGGGGGAAAUUGUCUGUUCGAACCUCUUUUUUGUAAAAACUGUUCCAUUUGGGUACUUAAGGGAAAAAGGGAAAUUGUUGUUUUACUAUCAACUCUUCCUGGAAAAUGUCUACAGAAUGUUGUCCUAAAAUUAUUACAGCUCCCAAAAUAUGGCAGCCUAGCCAUUAGUUAAUUGCAGCUUACUACUUUGUCUCACACAUGAUAAGGUGUCUUGUGUAAAAGAGUAUCCUGGCUGAGGCAAUGUUGACAAUAAACCAGAAGGAACAAGACUUGA